GAAAAUGCAAAGCAAAUGUAUAACAAAAGCAAAAUCAAGUAAAGAGCAGCUGGUAUACGAUUUAUAGUUAAGUUAGCGCAUAAAGUUUAAAAAAAAUAAUAAAAAAAGUUAAAGUGACUUUUUUUUAAUAAGUGUAAGUAAUUAUAUAUAGCAGCUGGUGUUAAAAUGUGUGGAGGUUUUACUUGUUCGAAGAAUGCGCUAAUUGCGCUGAAUAUUUUGUAUGUGAUGGUGGGAUUCCUGUUGAUUGGCGUUGGAGUCUAUGCGCGUGCAGCUUCCAUUGUCACAAAUCUACCAAUUGUGGGUGGUAUUUUAGCCUGUGGCGUGAUACUGAUAUUAAUAUCAAUUCUCGGACUGGUCGGUGCAGUGAAGCAUCAUCAAGUCAUGCUAUUUUUCUACAUGAUCAUUCUCUUCAUGCUCUUCCUCAUUCAAUUCUCCAUUGCCAGCUCUUGCUUGGCUGUCAAUUCGGAGCAGCAAAAAGAGUUCGCUGAGGAGGGUUGGAAUAAUGUACCAGAUUCGAUGCGCAUGCAAGUUCAGGAUACAUUUACUUGCUGUGGCUUUAAUUCGACACACACAGGCACAUCAUGCGAAGCAGUCACCAAGAAAUGUUGUCCAGAUUAUGUGGACAAUUGCGCUUGCCCACCAUGUCUACCCGCUUUGGAGGAUAAGAUCAGUUAUGCAUUUAAAUUGUGCGGCGGUUUGGGUAUUUUCUUCAGUUUCACUGAGGUACUGGCAGUCUUCUUGGCGCGUCGCUAUCGCAAUCAACAUGAUCCACACUAUCCAGAAGCGCGCGCAAUUUUCCCACACAAUUACCAGUAUUAGAAAAAUAUCAUGAAACCAGUUUGAAAAGAAAGCAGUUAGCGCAAAAUAUUUACCUAAAUUACGUUUUAAGUUUGCGCGGACGAGUAUAUUUUGGCUUGGAACCGAUUUAGAGGAAACGAACAAAUUACAAAACACAUACAUACACUAAUUUAAAUGUUCAUAUAUAUUAGGUUGUCAAAAAGUCUUGCGGUAUGGUUUCAACGUUUUCGUUCUGGUGUAGAGGUGGUCGAAGAUGCGCCACGCUCCGGAAGGCCUGUCGUCGAAAAUUGCGAUAAAAUCGCUGAAUUGGUCGAAAGAGACCGGCAUAGUACCAGCCGUAGCAUCGGUCAAGAGCUGGACAUGAGUAAUCAAAAAUUCAUUUCAAUUUCAAUAAAAAAAAAAAUUAAUAAAAAUACCGCAAGACUUUUUUGACAACCCAUUAUGUAUGUAUAUUUUUCGAACAUUUUUUUAGUCACAAUUUAUUAAUUUGCUUUUGAAAAUUUCCAAUUCUUUUCUAUGUACACUUAUUUUGGUUGUAAUUUUUGUGUUCAAUUUUCGCUUGCAUUCACUUAGUCAAAUUAUGUUUAAAUUAAGUUUAUAUAAACUACAUUUGAUUCUUUAAUAUUCUAGUGAUUUUUAAUAACUAAUGCAAAUUGUCUUUACUUUUGUUUACAAUUUGUUUAAUUUAGUUAAUUCUUUGAGAUUAUUAUUUUUUAAAUAAAGUAUAUAAUUUAAAUAGCAUAGCUGUAAUUUUGUGUAUAGGUUGUUAAGAACAAAAAUAAUACACAUAAUAUAUACCUUAUGUACAUGUGCUAUCUAUGUUUGCUCAAUAGCUCUAUUUUAAAAUACGUGUAUAUGAUAUCCAGGGUUGCAAAUAAUGCAUUAAAAAAUAAUGGAAUUAACAUUUGAAUUCAAUAAUUUUGUAAUUCCGAAAAUAUAAUUUUAAAAAUCAUUUAAAAAUUUUUAAUCCAAAAUACCAGCUCAAAAACGUUGUGUGUAAUGGCAAAUACUGGAUUUAAAAAAAAAAAAACAGAAACAUACCAAAUACGGGAUUAACAAAUAAAAAAAUAAUCACAAAAUCAAAAUUAAAAAUAAAUGUUUAUUAAAAUUAAAAAAAAAAAAUUAAGCACAAAAAUAUAAUUAAAAAAAUGCUUAGUAUAAUUAAAAAAAUUUAAUUUCAGAUACGGGAUUAAAAAAUAUAUAAAAAAAACUAACUACAAAACCCAAAUUAAAAGUAAUUGUUCAAUAAAAUUUUACAAAAACUGCAAUCUCAAAUACGGAAUUAAAAAUAAAAAAAAUUUCGUCCCAAAACCAAAUUAUUUCUUUUUUAAAAAUUUAUUUUUAAUUUGGUUUAGACUUCAAAAGAUUGAAUUUAAAAAUUUAUUUAUAUUUUAUUAAUUUCUAUUUUAAUUUUGAUUUUGGGCUAAAAAAUUAAAUUUUAAAUAUAUUAUAUUAAAUUAAAAUACAAAGUGUAAUCCCCCACAUCUUUGGUUGUAAGUUAAAUUUUAAUUUUUUAAUUCCGAUUUGGGAUUAAAAUAAAAUUAAAAAUUAAAUUUUAGUUUUUUGAUUUCGAUUUUGAGAAUAAAAACCAUAAACCAAGAUGUUUGGUAUUAAAAAUUGAAAAUUGAUUUUUUUUUAAUUUAGUAGUUAAAAAAUUGUAAAAAUAUAAAAUUUUUAAACCAUAAUUUUUUGCAUGAAACAAUUCGCAACCCUGCUGGUAUGUAGAUUUCUAUUGUAAAUGCUCCUUAAAUUUUUAACGACUAUCCGGCACUGAAGGCAAUCAAGUAAAAAAGCGUAGACAUUAUCGAGAAAAUAUUACAAAAAUAAUGUCGUAAGGCGCUCACAUCAAAUCCAAUAAUUAACAUAUUUAUGAAACACUCUAAAUUAAUACGAAUCCUACCGCAGCAGCUUCCUUGCAAACAGGUGCUUUAUUGAGGUAUACAGACUCCGUUUUCCGGUUAAAAAUCUUUGCUAAUUUCUAUAAAUUUCCACAAAUCAUUCAUUACACAUUCACCUUUACACUCGAAAUGCAUUGUAACAGCAAAUGCACACACAUACAUACAUACAAAUUUAUUAACAAAAUUCUUAAUAUUGUAUGGGCAUUUGCAAAUAACAUACUUAUACAUACAUAUACGAUGAAGUACGAUAAUAUUCUCUGUAUUCUGUGCUGUGAUUGAAAUAAAUAUGAUCUUUAAACUGUACACCAAACUAAA